CGCGCCGCUCCGCUCCAGCUAGGGCUCCGGCUCGCCUCUGGCUGGGCUCGGGCUCCGGCGGCGGCGUCCCCCGCGCCGGGCCCCGGGACGGGCGGCGGCGCUCCAACCAUGGCCAGUGCCCAGGCGCUCGUGCUGGCGCUCACCUUCCAGCUCUGCGCGCCGGAGACCGAGACUCCGGCAGCUGGCUGCACCUUUGAGGAGGCAAGUGACCCAGCAGUGCCCUGCGAGUACAGCCAGGCCCAGUACGAUGACUUCCAGUGGGAGCAAGUGCGAAUCCACCCUGGCACCCGGGCCCCUGCGGACCUGCCCCAUGGCUCCUACUUGAUGGUCAACACUUCCCAGCAUGCCCCAGGCCAGCGAGCCCAUGUCAUCUUCCAGAGCCUGAGCGAGAAUGACACCCACUGUGUGCAGUUCAGCUACUUCCUGUACAGCCGGGACGGGCACAGCCCAGGCACCCUGGGUGUCUACGUGCGCGUUAAUGGGGGCCCCCUGGGCAGUGCUGUCUGGAAUAUGACUGGAUCCCAUGGCCGUCAGUGGCACCAGGCUGAGCUGGCUGUCAGCACUUUCUGGCCCAAUGAAUAUCAGGUGCUGUUUGAGGCCCUCAUCUCCCCAGACCGCAGGGGCUACAUGGGCCUAGACGACAUCCUGCUUCUCAGCUACCCCUGCGCAAAGGCCCCACACUUCUCCCGCCUGGGCGACGUGGAGGUCAACGCGGGCCAGAACGCGUCGUUCCAGUGCAUGGCGGCGGGCAGAGCGGCCGAGGCCGAACGCUUCCUCCUGCAGCGGCAGAGCGGGGCGCUGGUGCCGGCGGCGGGCGUGCGGCACAUCAGCCACCGGCGCUUCCUGGCCACUUUCCCGCUGGCUGCUGUGAGCCGCGCGGAGCAGGACCUGUACCGCUGUGUGUCCCAGGCCCCGCGCGGAGCAGGCGUCUCCAACUUCGCGGAGCUCAUCGUCAAGGAGCCCCCCACUCCCAUCGCGCCCCCACAGCUGCUGCGUGCUGGUCCCACCUACCUCAUCAUCCAGCUCAACACCAACUCCAUUAUUGGCGACGGGCCGAUCGUGCGCAAGGAGAUUGAGUACCGCAUGGCGCGCGGGCCCUGGGCCGAAGUGCAUGCCGUCAGCCUGCAGACCUACAAGCUGUGGCACCUCGACCCCGACACAGAGUAUGAGAUCAGCGUGCUGCUCACGCGUCCUGGAGACGGCGGCACUGGCCGCCCGGGGCCACCCCUCAUCAGCCGCACCAAAUGCGCAGAGCCCAUGAGGGCCCCCAAAGGCCUGGCUUUCGCUGAGAUCCAGGCCCGCCAGCUGACCCUGCAGUGGGAACCACUGGGCUACAAUGUGACGCGUUGCCACACCUAUACCGUGUCGCUGUGCUAUCACUACAUCCUGGGCAGCAGCCACAACCAGACCAUCCGAGAGUGUGUGAAGACAGAGCAAGGUGUCAGCCGCUACACCAUCAAGAACCUGCUGCCCUAUCGGAACGUUCAUGUGAGGCUUGUCCUCACUAACCCUGAGGGGCGCAAAGAGGGCAAGGAGGUCACCUUUCAGACGGAUGAGGAUGUGCCCGGUGGGAUUGCAGCCGAGUCCCUGACCUUCACUCCACUGGAGGACAUGAUCUUCCUCAAGUGGGAGGAGCCCCAGGAGCCCAAUGGUCUUAUCACUCAGUAUGAGAUCAGCUACCAGAGCAUUGAGUCAUCAGACCCGGCGGUGAACGUGCCGGGCCCACGACGUACCAUUUCCAAGCUCCGCAACGAGACCUACCACGUCUUCUCCAACCUGCACCCAGGCACCACCUACCUGUUCUCCGUGCGGGCCCGCACAGGCAAAGGCUUCGGACAGGCAGCACUCACUGAGAUAACCACCAAUAUCUCUGCUCCCAGCUUUGAUUAUGCCGACAUGCCGUCUCCCCUGGGCGAGUCUGAGAACACCAUCACCGUGCUGCUGAGGCCGGCACAGGGCCGCGGUGCGCCCAUCAGUGUGUACCAGGUGAUUGUGGAGGAGGAGCGGGCGCGGAGGCUGCGGCGGGAGCCAGGUGGACAGGACUGCUUCCCAGUGCCACUGACCUUUGAGGCGGCGCUGGCUCGAGGCCUGGUGCACUACUUCGGGGCCGAACUGGCGGCCAGCAGUCUACCUGAGGCCAUGCCCUUUACCGUGGGUGACAACCAGACCUACCGAGGCUUCUGGAACCCACCGCUUGAGCCUAGGAAGGCCUAUCUCAUCUACUUCCAGGCAGCAAGCCACCUGAAGGGGGAGACCCGGCUGAAUUGCAUCCGCAUUGCCAGGAAAGCUGCCUGCAAGGAAAGCAAGCGGCCCCUGGAGGUGUCCCAGAGAUCGGAGGAGAUGGGGCUUAUCCUGGGCAUCUGUGCAGGGGGGCUUGCUGUCCUCAUCCUUCUCCUGGGUGCCAUCAUUGUCAUCAUCCGCAAAGGGAGAGACCACUAUGCCUACUCCUACUACCCGAAGCCGGUGAACAUGACCAAGGCCACCGUCAACUACCGCCAGGAGAAGACACACAUGAUGAGUGCUGUGGACCGCAGCUUCACAGACCAGAGCACCCUGCAGGAGGACGAGCGGCUGGGCCUGUCCUUCAUGGACACCCAUGGCUACAGCACCCGGGGAGACCAGCGCAGCGGUGGGGUCACUGAGGCCAGCAGCCUCCUGGGGGGCUCCCCGAGGCGUCCCUGUGGCCGGAAGGGCUCCCCGUACCACACGGGGCAGCUGCACCCUGCAGUGCGUGUGGCGGACCUUCUGCAGCACAUCAACCAGAUGAAGACGGCUGAGGGUUACGGCUUCAAGCAGGAGUACGAGAGCUUCUUUGAAGGCUGGGACGCCACAAAGAAGAAAGACAAGGUCAAGGGCAGCCGGCAGGAGCCGAUGCCUGCCUAUGAUCGGCACCGAGUGAAACUGCACCCGAUGCUGGGAGACCCCAAUGCUGACUACAUUAAUGCCAACUACAUAGAUAUUCGGAUAAACCGAGAAGGUUACCACAGGUCAAACCACUUCAUAGCCACUCAAGGGCCGAAGCCUGAGAUGGUCUAUGACUUCUGGCGCAUGGUGUGGCAGGAGCACUGUUCCAGCAUCGUCAUGAUCACCAAGCUGGUCGAGGUGGGCAGGGUGAAAUGCUCACGGUAUUGGCCAGAGGACUCAGACACCUACGGGGACAUCAAGAUCACGCUGGUGAAGACGGAGACCCUGGCUGAGUAUGUCGUGCGCACUUUUGCCCUGGAGCGGAGAGGCUACUCUGCCCGGCACGAGGUCCGCCAGUUCCACUUCACAGCGUGGCCAGAGCAUGGCGUCCCCUACCACGCCACGGGGCUGCUGGCUUUCAUCCGGCGCGUGAAGGCCUCCACCCCACCUGAUGCCGGGCCCAUUGUCAUCCACUGCAGCGCGGGCACCGGCCGCACAGGCUGCUACAUCGUCCUGGAUGUGAUGCUGGACAUGGCAGAGUGUGAGGGCGUCGUGGACAUUUACAACUGUGUGAAGACUCUCUGCUCCCGCCGCGUCAACAUGAUCCAGACUGAGGAGCAGUACAUCUUCAUUCAUGAUGCAAUCUUGGAGGCCUGCCUGUGUGGGGAGACCACCAUCCCUGUCAGUGAGUUCAAGGCCACCUACAAGGAGAUGAUCCGCAUUGAUCCUCAGAGUAAUUCCUCCCAGCUGCGGGAAGAGUUCCAGACGCUGAACUCGGUCACCCCGCCGCUGGACGUGGAGGAGUGCAGCAUCGCCCUGUUGCCCCGAAACCGCGACAAGAACCGCAGCAUGGACGUCCUGCCGCCCGACCGCUGCCUGCCCUUCCUCAUCUCCACUGAUGGGGACCCCAACAACUAUAUUAAUGCGGCUCUGACUGAUAGCUACACACGGAGCGCGGCCUUCAUCGUGACCCUGCACCCGUUGCAGAGCACCACGCCUGACUUCUGGCGACUGGUUUACGACUACGGGUGCACCUCCAUCGUCAUGCUCAACCAGCUGAACCAGUCCAACUCCGCCUGGCCCUGCCUGCAGUACUGGCCAGAGCCAGGUCGGCAGCAGUAUGGCCUCAUGGAGGUGGAGUUUAUGUCGGGCACAGCAGAUGAAGACUUAGUGGCCCGAGUCUUCCGGGUGCAGAACAUCUCUCGGCUGCAGGAGGGGCACCUGCUGGUGCGGCACUUCCAGUUCCUGCGCUGGUCUGCAUACCGGGACACGCCUGACUCCAAGAAAGCCUUCCUGCACCUGCUGGCUGAGGUGGACAAGUGGCAGGCUGAGAGUGGGGAUGGGCGCACCAUUGUGCACUGCCUAAAUGGGGGAGGACGCAGCGGCACCUUCUGCGCCUGCUCUACCGUCCUGGAGAUGAUACGCUGCCACAACUUGGUGGACGUUUUCUUUGCUGCCAAAACCCUCCGGAACUACAAACCCAACAUGGUGGAGACCAUGGAUCAGUACCACUUUUGCUACGAUGUGGCCCUGGAAUACUUGGAGGGGCUGGAGUCAAGAUAGCGGGGCCCUGGCCUGGGGCACCCACUGCACACUCAGGGCCAGACCCACCAUCCUGGACUGGCGAGGAAGAUCAGUGCCUCCUGCUCUGCCCAAACACACCCCCGUGGGGCAAGCAUUGGAGUGGAUGCCGGGCCAUCUUGCUGCCCCUUCCACGGUGGGCAGGGUCUUUCACUUUGUCCCAUGGGCAGGUCGUAGGCCAAGGAGGAGCUUAGCAAGUCUGCAGCCCAGCCCCACCUCCAUAGGGUCCUGCAGGCCUGUGCUGAGAGGCCUGGCACUGCCUGGCAGAGUAACAAGGGCUCAGGACGGCCGGCUCUGGGGUACUCAAGCCAAGCCUCUUGGCACCAUCCUGGCCUUUGGCAGGGUUGAGUGAGGCCCUGCAGAGAGUAUCCCAGGCCAAGAUUCCCACUCAGCCUGCCCCCUCUGCAUGUGGGUAGAGGGUGUACUGGGGCUUGGCAUCUAGGAUUCCAUCUGGCACAGCCUCUGAGGGUCCUGGGGAGGCAGGACUCUGUUCUGAACAGCCAGUGGGGCACACUGACUGUCCUCCCCAGGGGAACUGCAGUGCCCUCCUCCCCACUGCUCCCUGCAGCCCCUGGGAUAUUUUGCUCACUCUCCCUCCCCACUUCUGCUUCCCUGAUAUGUGCUCUGAGCUUCCCUGAACCAGGAUCUGCCGAUUCCUGCUGUGCCCCACGGUGGGCUCCUUCCCUGCCUGACCCACUGUUGCAGAAUGAAGUCACCUUGCCCCCCUCUUCCUUUAAUCUUCAGGCCUCACUGACCUGUCCUGCUCACCUUGGGCCAGUGACAAUCUGCAAGGGUGAACAACAGCCCCUGGGGUUGAGGCCCCUGUGGCUCCUGGUCAGGCUGCCCAUUGUGGGGAGGGGCAGUGUUAGAGCAGGGCUGGUCAUACCCUCUGGAGUUCAGAGGAAGGAGGACCAGUGCUUUUUUGUUUCUUUUGUUAUUUUUGGAUGGGUGGUUGGGAAGGUCUCUUUAACAUGGGGCAGGCCACACCCCCAUUCUGUGCCUCAAUUUCCCCAUCUGUAAACUGUAGAUAUGACUACUGACCUACCUCGCAGGGGGCUGUGGGGAGGCAUAAGCUGAUGUUUGUAAAGCGCUUUGUAAAUAAACGUGCUCUCUGAAUGCCACAGA